UCUCGAGUGUCUACUUAGAGCCACAUUGGGCGUUGCCUUAUCCACAACUUCACCCAACUCAACACAGCUCCCAUUUUCUCUUCUUCAAUUCUCUCGCAGAAAUGGCUUCCGCCAGCGCUAUCUCUUCCGCUUCCAUCCUUCCUUCUCCUUCUAAAGAGUGGCGAUUGAAGAACAGCAGAGCGACCCAAUUGCGGCAGGGACAGAAGCAGAAGCAGAGCAACAACCGGUUUGUGGUGAGGGCUAAUGCUAAGGAUAUUGCUUUCGACCAGAAAUCCAGGUCUGCCAUGCAGGCCGGCAUCGAUAAGCUCGCCGACGCCGUUGGCCUCACUCUCGGCCCCAGAGGGAGGAAUGUUGUUUUAGAUGAGUUUGGUAGCGUCAAAGUUGUGAAUGAUGGGGUGACUAUCGCGAGGGCCAUUGAGUUGCCUGAUCCCAUGGAAAAUGCUGGUGCUGCAUUGAUCAGAGAGGUUGCUAGCAAGACAAAUGAUUCUGCUGGUGAUGGCACCACUACAGCGUCGAUUCUUGCUCGUGAAAUCAUCAAACUCGGUCUCCUCAAUGUCACCUCCGGUGCCAAUCCGGUGUCGCUGAAGAGGGGCAUUGAUAAAACUGUGCAGGGUUUGAUUGUCGAGCUUGAGAAGAGAGCUAGGCCCAUCAAGGGAAGGGAUGACAUCAAAGCUGUUGCUGCAAUCUCUGCUGGAAACGACGAGAGCAUUGGAACUAUGAUUGCGGAUGCAGUUGACAAGGUUGGACCGGAUGGUGUCUUGUCAAUCGAGUCAUCUUCCUCCUUUGAGACCACAGUCGAUGUGGAAGAAGGAAUGGAGAUUGAUAGAGGGUACAUCUCCCCACAAUUUGUCACCAACCCUGAGAAGCUGCUCGUGGAGUUUGAGAAUGCGAAAGUGCUGGUUACGGACCAGAAGAUCUCCUCAAUCAAGGACAUCAUCCCUCUGCUGGAGAAGACGACACAGUUGAGAGCACCUUUGCUCAUCAUUGCAGAAGAUGUCACAGGGGAGGCUUUGGCCACCCUCGUCGUGAACAAGCUUCGUGGCAUUGUGAAUGUGGCAGCAAUCAAAGCACCCGGUUUUGGGGAGAGAAGGAAAGCCCUUCUUCAAGAUAUUGCCAUUAUGACUGGAGCUGAGUAUCAAGCAACUGAUUUGGGCCUGUUUGUGGAGAAGACUGAUGUGGAUCAGUUGGGAACUGCAAGAAAGAUCACAAUCAGCAAAGAUUCGACAACGGUGAUCGCAGAUGCUGCCUCUAAGGAUGAGCUGCAGGCGAGGAUUGCUCAGCUGAAGAAGGAGUUGAGCGAGACUGAUUCUGUGUACGACACCGAGAAACUAGCGGAGAGAAUCGCUAAGCUGUCGGGAGGAGUUGCUGUGAUCAAAGUCGGAGCAGCAACGGAGACGGAGCUGGAGGACAAGAAACUGCGCAUAGAGGACGCCAAGAAUGCAACAUUCGCAGCCAUUGAGGAAGGGAUUGUCCCCGGAGGUGGAGCUGCGUUGGUCCAUCUGUCGGGCUAUGUCUCCACCAUCAAGGAGAUGCUCGAGGACCCAGACGAGCGACUUGGUGCUGACAUCAUCCAGAAGGCGCUUAUAGCACCGGCGUCUCUGAUAGCACAGAAUGCGGGGGUGGAGGGAGAGGUGAUUGUGGAGAAGGUGAGGGCUAAGGAGUGGGAGUUUGGGUACAAUGCGAUGAGUGAUACCUUUGAGAACUUGCUGGAAGCCGGAGUGAUCGACCCAGCUAAGGUGACGAGGUGUGCAUUGCAGAAUGCAGCCUCUGUGGCCGGAAUGGUGCUAACCACUCAAGCCAUUGUGGUGGAUAAACCCAAGCCGAGGGCGUUCCCUGCAGCUGCUGGCUCUGCUACUGAUGCCCCAGUCGGCAGUUAUUCAGUGUAGAAUAGGUUUUGAAAUGGGAAGUCACAUGCUUCUACUUUGUAGGAUUCAUUCAGCGCGGGAGAGAGAGUUCAAGUAUUGUUAUUGUUGUUGUUGCGUAACAUAAAAACAGUUUUGCCAUUUGGAAAGGAAAUUGCAUUAGUUUAUCGCUUA